AUGCCCCUUGCCGCCCCUGAUGAAACGUCGUUUGAACAGAAUGGACAACUGCAUACACUUGCGAUGGCCCUGUGCUCUCGUUGCAACACGCCUCUCCGGUUUCAUUCUGUAAUGACGAUUGCAUUCACGAAUGCUGUGCGGCGUACAUUCGAAUAUUGCAAGUGUCCAUCCAAUACCCUCCCACUUGGGAUCAUUCAGUGUGGCUACUUCCCUGGGUCACCAGUAAUGCCUCAAAUCGCCUUCCAUUUCGACAUUCUUUUGCUAUUCUCAGCUUUAAAUGUGAACUCCUCUACACCAAUUACCUCCUUUCAUACCACCCUGUUUACGAUAUUGCAGGAGAAUGGCUAUGAAUUCUCCGCCAAGGAUCCCUUUCUAGGUUCGCUCAGUGAAGCAAUAACAUGGUUUAAAUCCCUAUGCGACUUGACAGAGGUUGAAACGGAGAGAGAGUUCCUUCUGCCCACGGACCCUGUGGAGUCCGAUGCACCGCUAUCUAUUUCCACACCCCACGAGCUUACCCGUCACCUACCUGCACAUAACGGGGACCCCAUGAUCACCACAUCUGAGAGCAUGAUAUCCGGUGAUGAUGACAUACCGCCCUCCACAGAAACGACAACUGACUCUGCAUCAUUGACCCUUGCUCGAUCAAGGCUGUUUCGAAACCCCUCGCACAACAGGGCUAGCCCAUACCUCUGUGCAAGAUGCCCGCAAUGUUUCAGAGGCUUAACAUGGGGUGGUCCUGUCAACGAGAAUCCUGAUGUCAUUGUUGCUAUGGAUGGUAAUAUGCAACACAAGCAAUAUAUGUUUGUUGGCGGAGAGAUGAUUCUUCCCUGGAACGAAACCUGCAGUUUCCUGACCCGUGCCGAAGUCGGUGAAGCUGCCCGCCAUGUCUUUGAGGUGUGA